AGAUGAUCGUAGCGUAGAGCCAACAGAAAACCUUGGGCUAACCGUUGGAUAUAAAGGUCCAUAUUUUCAUGAUGGUCAACGCAAUAUUGAUAUGGUGUUGGUAUUUCAAUGCAAGCAAGCGCAAAAUGGUGUGAAGGAUAGAAAAAGUCGAGAUAUAAGAAAGAGAUUUAUUAAUAAAUUAAUCACGAAUGGAUUACAAAUUGAAAUUGAGACAGUACAACAUUUAGUAUGUGAUAUUUUCCCGUUUAACUUUAUUUAUACUGGAUUGUUCAAUCCUAGCUGUGCCUUAAUAAUUAUUGAUCCAUGCAGUGUUAUUGCAGGAGGAAACCUUGACAGUAAUACAUGGACAUCUCUUUAACUUCUUAACUGUUAAAUAUCCCUACUAGUAUAAGGGUAAUUUCGUAUUGCUACAAUGUUGUUAUAUACUGGAUAGCUCUAUCAUUUCUAAACAGUUUUCCCUGCCUUUGGUCCAGUAAUGACCAUUUCUUUUUAGUCCUAAACUGUUCUCCCUAGAAGUCCAGUAAGGAUCACCCUUAUUGAUCCAGUAUUAUUACAGGAGGAAACCUGAACUAAACUAACUUUAUUUACACUGGAUAGCUCUAUCAGUUCCAAACUGUUCUCCCUAGAGGUUCAGUAGAGGUUCAGUAAGGAUCAUCUCUUAUUGAUCCAGUGUUACUACAGGAGGAAACCUAAACUAAACUAACUUUAUUGAUACUGGAUAGUUCUAUCAGUCUUAAACUGUUCGGCUCUCUAGAGAUUCAGUAAAAAUCAUCUCUAGCUUAUUGAUCCAGUAUUAUCACAGGAGGAAACCGCAACCAAACUAACGUUAUCUAUAUGACUAUAUCAGUUCUAAACUGUUCUCUCGAGAGGUCCAAUAAGUGUCAUCCUCUAUUGAUCGAGUGUUAUUAUUGGAGAAAACCUUUAAUAAACUAACUUUAUUUUUACUGGUCCAGUAAUGACUAAUGGCCAUCUCUUAUUAGUCCGGUAUACGUGUUUGGAGGAAACCUAAACUAAACAAACAAGUGAAACAACUUUCGUUGCAUGGAAACAAACAAUUGGUCAUCUCGUUCUGAUGGCUAAAUUUAUUUAUACUGGAUAUUUCUAUCAGUUCUGAACUGUUUUCCUUAGAGGUCCAGUAAGGGUCAUCUCUUAAUAUUGAUCCAUGCCAGUGUUACUAUACGAGAAAAUCUAAGCUAACUAAUUUAUUAUACUGGAUAGUUCUAUCAGUUCUGAACUGUUCUCCCUAUAGAGGUCCAGUAAGGAUAUCUCUUAUUGCUCCAGUGUUACAGUUCUCCACGGAGGUCCAGUAUGGAUCAUCUCGUACUGAUACCUAAAGUUUAUUUAUACUGGAUAGUUCUAUCAGUUCUGAACUGUUCUCCCUAGAUGUCCAGUAAAGAUCAUCACUUAUUGGUGAUAUUUAGUCACUUUAGUGGGAUGACUAAACGAAUCAAUACGUUUUUCUAUUUUCAACCAGGACACAGACAUAUACUUCAUCAAACUACAUGCGCCGUUAGUCACGCUACAAACGAAAGCUGAGGACAUGAAACUCAAAGUGCCAUUCUCACUUCUUUCCAAAAAUCCUGAAAUGGACGUCGCUAUUGCGUCUCUUCCCUUCACCUUACGUGGCGAGGAUUUAGCCGGCCAUAAUCAUCGUUAUUUUUUACUUGCACCUUUCGUCAAACGACAUGCUGAAAGAUUUUUGGCAAAAGGCGAGUGUUUUUCCACGUUGGAUCGCAUAGCAGUGAUGGAAAGGAUUUUGAACGAGACGCGUUUCUCCGAAAAGGAAUUUGGUGUUAAAAGUUUGAUAAAUCAACAAGUGUUUCAGGCUGUUUAUCCACCACAUGAAUCUGGGAAGGACGUGUCAGUAAAACACAAGAAAGGUACACACGUAACAACGCCAACAACUUGUAACAAACCUACACACGAAAAAACGCACAAGUUGUUACAGAUCUGCAAACAAGUUGCUGAAAUCUGUUCACAAGCUGUCGACAAGUUGUCUUCGCACUGCUUGUUCCUAGUUGUUGUAACGAGUUUGGGACAAGCUGUUAACAACUUGUAACAAGCUUGAUGUCACAAGGUUGACGACAUAAGGAUGUAACAAUAUUGUUAUAUCAUAAAUGUAUUGGACUUGUUGGAACAACCUUGCAACAAGUCUGAUCAGUAAUAUCAACAAGGUUGUUGCAAGAUGUUAACAGCUUGUUGCAAACUUGGGACAAGCAGUGCGAACACAACUUGUUGACGGCUUGUUGGCAGACUUGCUACAAGAUGUGAGAUUUUUACGUGCGUACAGCAGACUUGUGUCAAUGCUGUUUCAACAACUUGUCAUCAGGAUGUGUUCGCACUGCUUGCUUCCAAUUGUUGACACGUUGUUAACGGCGUGUUGCUGACAACUUGCUGCAAUUAAGGAUGUUGACUCAACAGAUUUUGCAACAACAUGUUAUCGCCCGGCAAUGCAACGACUUAUUAACAAGUUUUGAGUGACAAUACUGUGGCGACUUGACAAACUAGCAACCGAUUCUGUUACAUGCAGCUUCUUAACAAGCUUGCUACAAGACUGUUGAACACAUCUUGUUAUUAAUUUAAAAGAUGUGAGGUUUUUACGUGUGUAGUCACUAACCGUAACCGUUAAAUUUUAGGUCGACAAAAACUGGCCAAAGAUUGGGCCUCGUUUGGAAGUGUGCACAAGAAACAGCCAAUCAAUGCGGUGAAGUCUUAUUUGGGCACAUCUAUUGCGUUUUACUUUAUUUGGUUGGGAUUCUGUGCUUGGUAUCUUUGGCCUUUGGCUUCCGUUAGUGUGUUAGUCCUCGUAUACGGUGGCCUAACCUUAGCCAGCUAUCCUCCAGUGGAGGAAAUCUGCAGUAAAAACAACAUAACCCAAUACCUAAUGUGUCCUCAAUGCGACAGAUGCGAUCUUUGGUACUUGAAGCAAGUUUGCGUUCCAACAAAGAUCGCUCAUGUAUUCAACAAUGAUAUGGCGAUAAUUCUAGCAGUAUUAAUUUCAAUAUGGUCGUUGUUUUUGAUAAAGUUUUGGAACAGGCAUCACUCGAAAUUGGUAUUUCAGUGGCAAACCUACGAAAUCGAAAAAAACGACGAAGCAUCGCGUCCCGAAUUUGUUGCAAAAGUAAAGACUGUUCGCAAGAAUAUUGCAACUGGCCAGUUGGAACAGCAUAUACCAUUUGUCAAUCAAUGUUGUCGAUAUUCGCUUGCACUAGUAACUGUUAUUUUUAUGAUGUGCAUAAUACUAGCUGGACUAUUGGGUGUGGUCAUAUACCGUGGUGUAGUGUAUACGGUAGUUAUUACCCGCGCUGAUAACCAAGCUAGGGUAAUAACAGAUAUUACAGCCGGGAUAAUAACAUUAGUAUGUAUUAACAUGCUAAGUUGGGUGUACGUGCCAAUCGCGAAAAAGUUGACUAAUUUUGAAAAUCCUCGUACGCAAUCACAAUGGGAGAACAGUUUUACAUAUAAGAUGUUUGCUUUUCAGUUUGUGAAUUGGUACUCCUCGUUGUUUUAUAUCGCCUUCUUUAAGACGGAACAUUUCACAGGACGACCUGGGGGUUAUGUGAGGUAUACAAGAUCAGGAAAUCGGCUAGAGGGCUGCCCUAUUCAAGGUUGUUCCAUGGAAUUGUGUAUACAGCUAGGAGUGAUUAUGAUUGGUCAAAUGUUGCUUCAGAAUGUCAGCGAGAUAUCAAAACCGUAAGUAUCUAUACAUAUCGUUAUAAAAUAAUGUGACUUUAGUAUCUUUUUUAGUUGACAAUUUGCUUUGGUAAGUUUGUGUUUGGUAACAGGAUAGAACCCACAAUAAAAGAGCCACUAUAGUUUUUGUUCUGUUAGGCUGCCGAACUGGUUGAGGAGAUGACUCUUACUGGACCUCUAGGGAGAACAAUUUAGAACUGAUAAAGCUAUCCAGUAUGAAUAAAGUUAGUUUAGUUUAGUUUUCCUCCUGUACUAAGUAACACUGGAUCAACAAGAGAUUGCUCUUAUACUGGACCUCUAGGAAGAAUAGUUUAGAACUGUUUAGAACUAUCCACUGAUAAAUAAAUAAAUAAAUAAAUAAAUAAAUAAAUAAAUAAAUAAAUAAAUAAAUAAAUAAAUAAAUAAAGGUAGUUUAGUUUAUGUUUCUUCCUCUAGUAAUACUGGAUCAAUAAAAGAUGACUCUUACUAGACCUAUAGGGAGAACAAUUUAGAACUGAUAUAUUUACUUUUUAUCAUUUAGUUAUCUGGUAAAAUGGUUAGCUAUUCGCAAAUGUAAUCCUCUGUACAAGAGCCUGUUACCAUGGCAGCAAGAAUAUUUUCUAACGCCAGCAGAUGAUACAUUGUAUUGGGAAUACAUGGAAAUAGGUAACAUCUAUUUAUUAGCUUGCAUUUAUUGCCUCGACGUUCAUAUAUGAACGAUUUUGAUUGCGGUCUAAGCAAGGUACAAUGCAAUGCACGCGACUUCUUGUUAAAAAAUAAUUGUACAUAUAGAGUCACGGAGAACAGGAUUGAAUUGUUCUGUGAACUAAGUACUAGAUCGCAAUAUCUUUCUUAACCCGUUUAAGGAUCCAAAUAGCCUAAUUUCACAAUAAGCCAAUUUAUAUGGGAAAAUCUAAGUUCCUAUAUACGCUGUUUUUACUGUAAGUGUCAACAUAUCUGAUACUGUUCGAAGGCCCACUUCCACUUAAGAAAAAUUUCCACGGACAAAAAAUUUCCGAAAUAUCAUUGUUAAAAAUUUUCAAUUUCAAAAUUUUUUUCCGACGGAAAAUUUGUGUCGGCCAAUUACAUUUUACAAAAUUUUCUUUCUGCGGAAAAUUUUCUUGAGUGGAAAUGGGCCUUUAUAAUCUAUUUUCACUGUUUGUCUGUUUGUUUAGUUCUACAGCUGGGUUUCGUGAUGAUGUUUUCAGCUGCAUUCCCCCUCGCACCUUUGAUCGCCUUCAUAAACGCCAUGCUAGAAAUCCGGCUUGAUGCUAUGAAAUAUAUACAUUUCCAAAGACGGGCCCUUCCCAAAAUGGCGGCGGCCAGGGGGGCGUGGCAAGAAAUUUUGGAGCAGCUUGCUGAAUGGUCGGUCCUUAUCAAUGGCCUGGUUAUAGCAAUGACUACAGAUUUCAUACCUAAGAUGGUAUAUCGCUUCAGUUACAGUGAUGAUGGGAGCCUCAAUGGUUACGUCAAUAAUAGCCUUUCGUUUAGUAAUAUAUCUCGGUUUUCUGAGGUUGAGGAGUCUGCACUGAAAUAUCACAAAAAUCUACCUAUAUAUUGCAGGUAUGUGUGUUAUUUAGUUAUAUUUUGAAAGCUUUGGGUCAAUCCGGAAACAUUGUUUCCUAUAGCCAUCAGCCAUGUUCCCCAAGGGUGGACAAACCAGAAAACAUUGUUUCCUAGCCAUGUUUCCUGAAGGUGGGCAAACCAAGAAAUAUUGUUUCCUAUAGCCAUGUUUCCGGAAGGUGGACAAACAAGAAAACAUUGUUUCCUAGCCAUGUUCCUGAAGAUGGGAAAAUCAGGAAAAAUUAUUUCCUAGCCAUGUUUCCUGAAGGUGGACAAACCAGGAAACAUUGUUUCCUAUAGGCAUGUUUCCUGAAGGUGGGCAAACUAGGAAACAUAUUGUUUCCUAGCCAUGUUUUCCGAAGGUGGACAAACCAGGAAAUAUCGUUUCCUAUAUAUAGGCAUGUUUCCUGAAGGUGGACAAACCAGUAAACAUAUAUUGUUUCCUGGAAGCAUCGUUCAUCCUACAACCUUGCAGCAACUUGAAUUUUAUUUCCAUGCUACAGAUACCAUGGUUACCACGAAAUGAAUGGUGAUUAUUCCACACAAUACUGGCAUGUUAUGGCUAUACGCAUCAUAUUUGUGCUAUCAUUCCAUUACGUCAUCAGUACAUUACGUACGAUACUGGAUUGGAUGGUCGCUGAUGAACCAUGGAACGUUAAAGUUAGGAGAAAGAAGACAAUUUAUUUCAUUAAAAGACUAUUUAAGGAUAAAAACGAACAUCGUUCUGGAGUUAAAGCUGGAUAGUGGACUCGGACUGAAAUGCAACGACGGGAUAUGCUUAAACAAUGUAAUUUAAUACUCACAUGUGUCGUGAAAAAUUAUAGUGAAAUCGUAAAUAUUUCAAUAAGGAUCGGUAAAAAUCAGAAUUAUAAAAAUACCGGUUCAUUUUUCGUUUUAAAUAGUUAAUUUGUCAGGUCGUUUGAUUGUUAACUCAUAGUCUAUCAAGAUGAUUUGGUUUGGAAACUGAACAGAAG